AUGGGUAGCGGAUUCCAUAAAGGAAAAUUCUAUUCUGAUCUACUAUUGAAGGGAACGCUGGUGUGUAUCAGUUCGAAUAAGGAACAUGCUAUGCGUCGAAAAGCUUUUCCCCAGGCUUUUACGCAAAAGAAUCUGCUGGAGUGGGAGUCCAUGAUCAAGCGUGCUGUUACGGUAUCAAUUGAGAAGAUGAGAGAGGCGGGCGCGGAAGGAAAGGAGGUGGAUAUUCUGGCAGGGUUUACGAGUAUGGCUUCGGGUAUUAUUGGGGAGUUCUGUUUUGGAGAGUCAUUCAAGAGCGGAGAAGAAGAAAUACACCAAAUUGGAGAAAAUCCUAACCACGAUGCAGUAAUCAAAGGUAUACAGUCUGAACUUUUAAUUCCCGGGGGCGAAACACUGCGCAAUGUCCCCUCCUACCUCCAAGUCCUCCCUCUACCCAUUCUACGUUUGGUACUCAGCUCCUGGUCGGCGUUAAAAACUCCCGGAAAACAGCAAGCACUCAAGCGGGAUAAUUUAAUUCAAUCGACGAAGCACAAAACGCUCCUUACCAAAGCACUAGCCGAGAAUGAGGAAAGUCUCGGUCUCUCUGACGAAGUCAUUGUUAGAGAGGCAAAAGCGUUUAUCAUCGCCGGCACAGAUACCACGGCUGUGACCGCAACAUAUUUAGUGUGGGCGGUACUAAAUCACCCAGAGGUGAAGGCGAAGUUGCAGAGAGAGGUGGAUUCGUUACCCCUUGAUUUUUCCGUCGCAGAGGUCCAGAGUUUACCUUAUUUGCAGCUUGUUAUCACCGAGAUGCUGAGGAUGUACGGUUCUGCUUCUGGGUCUCUGCCUAGGGCCACUCCGGCGGGUGGGAAGCAGAUAGGAGAAUGGUUUGUACCUGAGGGGACGGAGGUUUCCACCCAGGCAUAUACUUUACAUCAUAACCCGGAUAUUUUUGAGGAUCCGUAUCUAUUUAGGCCUGAGAGGUGGGAGAAGCGCACCCCACAGAUGAAAGAAGCAUAUAUGCCAUUUGCCAUCGGAGCUCGAGGAUGUAUUGGCCAGAAUCUUGCCCAAAUUGAGCUGGCUCUGUCAAUCACAGCUUUUCUCCGCAAGUGCCCUAAUGCGCGGGUUGCAUCGUCAAUGACAGAUUUCGACAUGGAGAUUGAGGAUAAUUUUGUCAUGAGCCCCAAGGGACAUAAAUGCAUGGUUAUUUUAUAG